GUUCCGAACCUUGGCCUUGAGCCUUGAUCUGCAAGCGAACCCAAGACAGCCUGCGUCAUCAGCUUGGUCGACUGCAGGCGGCAGUCGUGGCGCGGAUGAGACAGCGAGGUCCUCAACGCUCUCGUUAUGGGCAGGGUUCACAUGAUGAGGGAUGACAACAUGGUCUGAUCCUGAAAAGGGGGCUGAGAGAGUAGAGUGAUGUGAUGAUUUAUUAACUCUCCGCCGCCCUGGUCCUCGAGGGCGAUAUCCCAACAUACACUUCUCUCCAACGCUACGGCUCAAUCAAUAAGAUUACCAGUGCUGUUUACCUCCACAUUGCAUUCACGUCAAUCGAAUUCAGAUCUGAGUCUUCCAACGCAUACAAACCCUGCAACAUGACGGAAUAUAAACUCAACAUCAGGAUCGACAAGAACUGCGUCACCAAAUUCAAAACCAGCGGUCACAAGAUAUGCCUCGCCUUUGGCUUUGACACCACCGCCAGGCCCGGUUCCACCAAGUUCAACGUUAUCGGCUACUCGUCCGUCUGUGCGCGGAACCUGAUGGUGACGUGGAAGGACGACUACUCGAUCGCAGCCAGCAGCAGUGCGUUUGCGAGCGGAGUCCGCUUCGACGUGGCGACGCUGCCACAGCCCAUCUCGUCCGGGGAGACCUGGAUCCUGCCUCCAGACUGGAGCGACGGCACCUCCACCCCGGACCCGGAUGUCUCGGAUGACGACAUCCUGUUCGUCAACGAGGCGUCCUCGGCGUCUGCCGUCGUGUAUAAGACCGUCAACGGCGUCGAGGCCCCCGUGUACGUCAGCCACUUCGGGCCCUUGCCGCCUGGCCGGGAGGCCUUGACGCCCCGGCUGCAGGCCGCCGUCUGGUUCCAGAUGGGCGCCGAGACCGGGGCCAUGAUCGACGGGCACGACACGCCCAUUCACGUCAUUGACUUUACCAAGGAGAACUUCCACGAGGUCGCGUACGGGCCCUCGGGCUCGUGGGCGGUGGUGGAGUAGAUUCGAGAAGGGGUAAAUUGCACUGGGUUGGCGUUUCUGAGCGUCGGAAUGAAGACCAAGUCAUUGUGGCUGUGGAGUUUUGUUUUUUUUCCCCUUUUUGAAGCGGUUUCGUCUCGUAUAGCAUUGGCAUGUCCCUAGAAAGAUUCAUAUCCUGAGACGUCAUUCCUCUCAGCCACUCAACCUCAC